GCCUUGUAAUGGUUUCUCACGUGGCUAAAAGCAAUUCCGGUCAGAAGGCAAAGAAAUGGAAAUCUUCUCUGAAAGGAAAGAAAAAACUCAAGAGAAAACAGAAAACACAGAAAUUUACAUCUGGUAAGAAAAAGAAAGCCUCAGACGUUGCAGAAAAGGAAAAUAAAAGCGCAACCGAGAGUCAGCGGCCUCAAAAGCGAAAGAAAUUUGAAGGUAUAGGAAAUGUGACGUCAUCAGAAAAGGGAGGCGGGGCUGCAGGCCGAGCGAAGCGAGUGAAGACUGAGAAAUCAUUUGUGGCCAUGACGAGGAAGGAAAGGAGGGAGGUGCGACGCAAGAGUAAAGGGAAUUAUGAGUUGGUCAAAGAUGUUUUGUCGACAUGGGAGAGUUUAAGGAGACAUGAUCUCAACAGAAAUGACAGAGAGGAAUUGGUGGCAAGGUUGUGCACACUUCUAGGUGGUCGCAUGAAAGAGGUGAUAUUUAAACAUGACUUAGGACGCGUUGUUCAAAGCUGUCUCAAGUUUGGAAAUGAAGAGCAAAGAGCAGCGAUUUGUGCGGAACUGAGAGACGAUAUUGUUAGACUCUGCAAGUCAAAGUACUCGAAGUUUACUGUAAAGAAGAUUAUCAAGUACAGCACUAAAAGUCAAAGAGAUCAAGUGAUAGCGUCUCUGUAUGGGAAAGUCAGACAUCUAAUUAGACAUUCAGAUGCAGCAGACAUAGUUGAAUACGCAUACAAUGAGUAUGCCAAUGCUGAGCAACGUUCUGCUUUAGUAGAGGAGUUCUAUGGCCCUCAGUUUGCACUUUUCAAGAGUUCUGGUGUUCGACGGUUACAAGACAUGUUUGAUUCUGAUGCAUCUCUAAAGCCUUCUGUUGUAAAGUAUUUGCACGAGGCUCUCACUCCAUUGCUAGACAAGAACGCUGUCAAGCACAGUAUUGUGCAUAGAGCAAUGCUAGACUUUUUUCUUCAUGCAGAUCCUACUACACGCUCGGAAAUGAUUGAGUCUAUGCACAAUGCUGUCGUCCAAGUGCUACACACUAAAGACGGUUCACGAGUAGCGAUGAACUGCAUAUGGCAUGGCACAGCCAAGGACAGGAAGGCCAUUGUGAAAACUUUUAGAUCAUUUGUGAAGAAAAUUUGCAUGGAGGAACAUGGUCAUCUAGUCAUACUAGCAAUAUUCGAUAACAUGGAUGACACUGUGCUAGUCAAGAAAACUGUCAUUUCAGAAAUUGCAGCUUGUGUGGACGAUCUUGUAAAGGACGUUGUUGGACGUAAAGUCCUUCACUAUUUGCUGUGUCCACGAGAUCGACGUUUCUUUCAUCCGGAUGUGAUUGGUAUACUACAGCGGGGGGACAGUAACGCUCACAGCAAGAAAGAAGCAUCUGUGCGAUGGUCUGAGCUGAGAGACGGCAUCUCGCCAUCACUGGUUUCAUACGUUGCUGCUAAUGCAAAAGAUCUUCUUUAUGACAAACCAGGCAGUCUGCUGUUGCAGUCAAUCAUGGAUCAUUCAGCAGGUGGAGAUCUUCACACAGCAAUGGAGGCAGUAGCCACAGUCGUUACAGAACCAUUUGACCCUCAAACUCAUGUUGUGUGUGAUCCUUGCGGACAUUUUGCUCUGAAGAAGCUCAUUCAAAAUGAUACAAAUCGGCAAGGUCCUCCGUUCUUCUCAGAAAUUAUGCUCUCGAAAGUUCAAGGAAAUGACAUAACAGAAUGGGUGUCAACAAACAGAGGAGCUUUUGUUGUGGCCAGCUUGCUAGAGUGUCCCAUCAAAUCCAGCCACACAACCGUCAAGAAAUGGCUCACACGGAGCAAAACAAAACUAAAACGUCUCGACAGCCCAGGAGGCGUGAUCGUGAACGAGCUGAUCACAAAAAAGCCGUAGAAUGCUGUACAGUGUAUUACAA